AAGAGAGCCUCUGGUAUUUUUGCUCACUUUGUAUUCUUUAAUUUGAGAGAGAAAAAGAUGGGUCUUUUGCUAUCAAAAAAUCCUGCAAAUCUUCUCAUGUUUUUUGAGUUUGUCUCCAAGCGAAUUCGCUUUGAUUGGGUUGAAAAAGAGAAGAACAUGGUCUCCCUGGUUUCCCGCACGGGCAGGUGUUUGCAGCGCUACGAUAUGAAAGGCUAUCGCCAAGUUGUCGGAUGCAUUCCGUACAGAUACAGAGAAACCAACCAAUCUUCUUCCAUUAAGGAAUUGGAAGUUCUUCUGAUUAGUUCCCAGAAGGGUCAAGCAAUGAUGUUCCCAAAGGGAGGUUGGGAAAAGGACGAAUCUAUGGAAGAUGCAGCCAAGCGCGAGACGCUAGAGGAAGCCGGGGUUACAGGCAAAGUCGAAAAGAAAUUGGGCGUGUGGCCUUAUAAGAGCAAGAGACAGGAAAUAAUGCACGAGGGCUACAUGUUCCCUUUGCAUGUCAGUCAGCAAUUCGACCGGUGGCCGGAGGAAAAGCUCAGGCUACGGAAAUGGAUGACUGUGGCCGAAGCCAGAGAAGUAUGUCAAUGUGGGUGGAUGAAGGAAGCUUUAGAUGAGUUAGUUAAUCGGCAAUUGAAACCUCAGGAAGCAAAUGAAACGAUAUGUACAUAGUACACAGACAGUGGUCAAUGGUUGUUUUCUCAAUUUGCCACAACUGGCAUGGUGGCCUUCGGUUUCUGUUCUGAACAACGACUGGGGCCAAGAACGAGCGGGGGAGGGCAAAAGAUAUCAAGCGGGAACCAAAAACUUGGAUUUCGAACAUAAGCAGGAAUUGAAGAAACUUUUGUAUUGGAAUCUGUUCUUGGUCUUCAUUCUUUGAUUUUUGUUCUGGAUUUGAAACACAAAUCCGCAAAUUUUAGGAUGUAGUUGAAGGCAGCAGGAAAAUUCUUGGCUGUACAAAUUUGAUUCAUUCUUUCAAUCUAAUGGCUUCGAUUCUUUCUCUA